UCAGAAGCUGGAAGGGAGAGGAGGAGAUCAAAAGCCGGCAAGUAACAGUAAUCACUGGGAGAGGAGGCAGCCAGCGAGAGCUGGGAGAGAGGAGUUAUUGGUACAGUCAGCAGCCUGCUGUCAUGUGCAGGAGGUCACUGGCUUCCAGCUGAAAGUCUGGGGAGUUCAUUGGACAAGGAGAGACAACCUGCAUGGGUCACAAAGAAAAAUACGUUGGUACUUUUGCUCUGUAUUAGUUUGUGAAAGUGUAAGUUGAAUGGACUAAACAUGAAGAGUCUGAAAGCAAAGUUCAGAAAGAGUGAUACUAACGAGUGGAGUAAAAAUGAUGAGCGUCUUCUCCAAGCUGUGGAACAUGGGGAGACUGAGAAAGUGGCCACAUUGCUGGGGAAAAAAGGAGUGGCUGCGUCAAAACUGGACAGCGAGGGUAAAACUGCCUUUCACGUUGCAGCAACAAAGGGCAAUGCAGAAUGUCUGAGAGUGAUAUUGGCACACGGUGUAGAUAAUAUCUCCGUACAAGAUACAGCAGGGCAUACAGCGUUACAUGUGGCUGUAAAAAAUAAUCAUCUAGAAUGUGUCAAGAAGCUUCUUCAGGCUAAAUGUCCAGUUGAGAGCACAGACAUCUCUGGAAAAAUAUCUCUGCAUUAUGCAGCUAUCAAUGGCUUCCUCCCUGCAGUGCAAAUGCUGUGUGAGCAAAAAAGCCCUAUAAACAUCAAAGAUUCUGAUGGGAAUACGCCAUUGCUGCUCUCUGUACUGCACGGACAUACAGAAGUUUGCAAGUAUCUUGUAGAUCACAAGGCUGACAUUAAUGUUAAAGACAACAAUGGAAGGACUGCUAUAAUGUUGGCCUGUGAAACUGGCAACUACAAUAUAGUGGAUACUUUAGUACGUAGGGGAGCUGACCUGAAGUUAAUGGAUGCGCUGGGGCACGAUGCUAUUCAUUACUCCAAACUGUCACGAAACUCACAGAUACUCAACCUCCUUCUCUCCAAAGCAAGCCAAGAGCCGGGGCCAAAGACUCCAACACAGCCAGCCCAGCAUGACCAAGUGACUAAGUUAAGUUCAGAAAGAAGUGGAACUCCAAAAAAACGCAAAGCUCCUCCUCCUCCUCCUAUCAGUCCCUUACAGCUCAGCGAUCUGUCCUCUCCUGUGUCAUCCACUUCUACUCCACUGUCUGCAAAAAGCCAGGUUUUUUUUCCAGAGCACACAAGCAAGGACGAGAAUACUUACCAGCGAGAAUAUAAGGACAGACUAAGUGACAGCACAGGGACAGACAGUCUGCUGGAUGUUAGUUUGGAAGCUGAGCACCAAGAUACGGUCUCACUGCUACAGGCAAAACUCGCAGCUCUAACGUUACAAAAUAAGGAAUUGCAAGAAAAAUUAAAGGAGAAGACCAGUAAUGAAGCAGUAAUGGAUAUUAGCUGUGACUCGUAUCAUUCUACGAACACAGAUUUAAAUGUAUCUGCUGCCAAACCCCAAGAUGAAAUAUCACCUACAGGUGCCUCAGAUAAUUCAGAUCUUUCAUUUGAGUCUCAGCCUGAAAUAGCAAGCAGUGAAUUUAAAGUAAUGCAGCUUGAGAAAACUAUAGAAGACCUGCAGAUUAAAUUGGACCUUUCUGAAGCAGAGAGAAAGAAAUUAGAUGCCCAGAUCCAGCCUGUUUCUACAUCCCUUUGUCAAUCUUUAAGUGAAGAGGUUGUAGAUGAACCUUCAGAUCUGGCCCAAAGUGUUCAAGAACCAGUAAAAGAAAAUAAAGACACACUGCAGAAUUUCCAACAAAUGUCAGAAGUGUGUCAGGCUAACAAUGACAAUACAGAAGCGAGUCAAGAAAAUGUAAUUACUGAAGAGCUUAAAUUACUAAAAAUAGAGUAUGGGGUUGUCUUAGAAGCAAAUGAAAGGAAAGAGAAGGAGAUAAAAGAUCUACAACAUCAAAUUGAUGUUAUGAAACAAAACGUGGUCAACCUGGUAUCCAUGGAAAAACUUAAGGAAAUGGAAAAGUCCUAUCAUACUAUGAUAGAAACAAUUAACGAAGAGAAAACUAAAUAUAAAGAAGAACUGGAAGAAAUAAGAUCACAGAAAGAAUUAGAAAGUCGGAAGGAGAGACAUGUAUCAGAUGAUGACGUGAAGGUAAAUGAAGCAAUGGCCAAAACUAUUGAGCAGUUGAACAAACAAGUAAGCGAGCUGACGUUAUUGUACAAUGAAGCCCAGACUGAAAUAAGUAAGACUCAACAGGCUUCACAAGAUAUCACAUCCAACUUUAUCCAUAAAGAUGAGCAUAAUCAAAUUGUACAGGAGAUUAUGGAAUGCAAAGACAAAGUGGAGAUGGAUUUCACUGACUUGAAGGAAAAAUAUGCAGUAACGUUACAGGAAGUGCAUAAUCUGGAGGAACAAUUAGAUGAUGAGAAGUUGGCAUCAGACAGUAUGCAAAUUGUUGCAACUUUAAAAAGCACCAUUAAUGACCUGGAAGCAGAAAGAAAUAACCUCAGAGAACACCUGUCUAUCCAGGAAUCUAAGGUUAAGAGUUUGCAAGAGGAUUUAAUAGAAGAAAAAUCUAUUAUCCAAGAAACAAUGGUCACUAAAAAGUCAUUUGAAGAACUGCAGACAUCCCUAGAAAAGGAAAUAAGCAUGCUGUCUACUGAACUGGAAGACCUGAUGACGGAAAAAGAAAAGCUAUCUAUGGACAAUGCACAUGUUAAACAGGAGCUUUUACAGUUAAAAGGUGAAAGUGAUGCUGUUCAAUCCCAAUUUAAAGCAAAAGAACAAGAAGUUAAUGAAUACCGUCUGAAAUAUGAUAAGGCUCUGGAAGCUCUGAAUGAGAUGAAGAAAUCUUCAGAAAAUACUUUAAGAUUAGAUGAAGACAAAGAUAAAAAGAUAAAUGAGUUAUCCAAGGAAGUCAGCAAAUUAAAGGAGGCGCUGAACAGUCUUUCACAACUUUCGUUUUCAUCGAACACAUCCAAGAGGCAGAGUCAGCAGCUGGAAGCUGUGCAGCAGCAGGUGAAGCAGUUGCAGAAUCAGCUGGUGGAGACCAAAAAGCAACACCAGGAGAUCGUGUCAGUUUACAGGAUGCAUCUUCUGUAUGCAGUUCAGGGGCAAAUGGAUGAAGAUGUUCAGAAAGUUUUGAAGCAGAUACUGACUAUGUGCAAAAGUCAGUCUCAAAAAAUAUGAAAUUCCCAAAUGGAUGGAUGCACUACAGCACUGCCUUUUAGUAUUAUAUGCAGAUUAUCUUUCCAGGAAACGUAUCUAAAUAUGCUGGAUAUCAAAACUUUUGAGUUCUUCUGUAUCAGAAAAUUAUGUAUUUUAUAUUUUUUUUGAUAAGAGACCAAAAAUUUGCUAACCUUUUCUGUGAAACCAUAGUUUUUAAUUGAACGUUUAACAUGGAUCCUCAAGGGAUCAAAUGUUCAGGAACUCUUUAGAAAUAUGAUGGUAUAUUAAUAUUACAGGAACAUUGUAGAUUUUGUAUUUAGAAAAAUGUGUGUAGCAAUUUCAACAACAUUACUAAUUUUAGUUUUAGAUUAGUGUAAUGAAUCAAACAAUUACAUAUUUGCAUCUUUUUUUAUUGCAAAGGUGCCUUUUUUUUAAUAUAAAUCUUACAAAUACCUGUCUACAUAUGUGAUCCUUUUAGAAAACUUUUUUUUUAUUAAAGUAAUUUUAUUUAUAGUUAUCAGACCAGUCUGGUAUAAAUUUGUUUUAAGUAUUACUUAAUAAGUUGGAACAGGAAACUAUUGAUCAAGAAAAAAAUAAAAUAAAAGCAGGAUAAAUGUGCAUAUAUGGAUAGUCUAACGAGUUAUUCAAUGAAUUCAAGCCAUUAAAACAGUGAAAACCAAAACUAAAAUACUCUGGAAGCACACCAACAUAUUUUUUAUUUUGUUAUAGUAUGAUUGUAGUUUAUCUACAAUAUGCAUUGUACAAAUUUCUCCAGAUCAGGGGUUGAUACAUUUAAAUGAAAUUUGGUAGGCAGAUAAAAUAUCUAGAAGCUAUCUUAAUGCUUAUACAGCCGUUUGAGUAAUGUAUAUGUAGAAUAGUCCAGAAAUAGAGGAACUUUGGCUCACUGCCUCCUGAAAGUUGCAAAACUCUGCUCUAUUUCUUAAAUUAAAAAGCUUGAAAAACUGUUACAAGGAUUAGUUUAGUCGUUUGAUAUAUUUGUACUUGGAUCUGUAGUAAGAAUUCAUUUAUUUAGAGGUAAACAAGGCAUGGGCCUAGGGCAGCAAGAGGUGGUGAGACACCAAUCAUGGGAGAGAUAUUUGCAUAACUUAUCCCUUCUGAUUCCACCUGGAUUACCCACUAUGACUGAUAUCUCAUUUGUUUGUGCAAAAUCCUAACAUACUAUACAUUGUAGAGAAAGAAUAGGGUGUAACAUAAUAAUGUUUUCUGUCUAGGGUAGGAUUAAACCUAAAUGAAUUACACAAUUUAAACUUAACCCCUUAAUGACCACAAUGUACCCUGUAUGUCACUGGUCAUUAAGGGUUUUUUCCGGACAUAAUAGCACAAGUCUAGCAUGAACACGCUAUUAAUGCCCUCCCUCCAGCAGGCUUUGUGGAAUAGAGCAGUCUCAAUACUGGUGGCAAGACCGCGAUAUAAAACAAUCAAGUCCCAAAAAAAGGCCAGCGACAUACAGGGUACGUCGCUGGUCCUUAAGGGGUUAAAAUGAAACAAUGAAGAAGUGAUUAUAUACUAAUUAUGCUGUUUUUAUUGUUACAGACAUUCCAAAUUGUUGUAAAACUAUACACAGAAACAGGUGUAAGGGAGCGGAGUCUUAAGUGUGGGUAAUCUAGGGCCAGUGUUUUUUUUUAUUUUGGUAGGGCUUGGGCAUUUUGUGUUGGGUCUGGGCAACCCCAGGUUUCCAGUAGAGUAUCUUCCUGCAAUAUUGGAGAUGAAGUGUUACUAUUAAACCAUCUCUUACAGAGUGUCACACUUAUCUCCACCGUGGGACAUUCUCAGACAGGUGCUACAACACUCUAAUAUGCCCAUCCUUUUGUAGGCAGUGCUACUGGAUAAAACCACCAGUGCCCUAUAAAAGACUUUUGAAGAAAGGAUACAUUUUUGCUACAGCUAUACAUACUUUUCAGUGUAUUUGCAUAUCGCAUUUAAAGUGCAAUCUUUAGCCCCAUCUUUUGUCAUCUUUUGUCUUCCAUAGAAGUACUUUUCAAAACAGCUGCAAUUCUGCAUAUUUAUGUUGGUGUGCUUUCCAACCAAAAAGGACAUGCUACUGUACGCUAUGAAUGGGCGAUUGUGCUGAAAGUGUAAUUCGUUUUGGUAGAACGAAUAGUCAUGUGGACAUUUGUUUUGAACAAUGUUGAUAAGAAUGAAAAUCCAUUAAAAUUCGGUAAUUGAAUGUUACUUUCGUUUUCGAAUGUUCAUAAUUAAAAUGAAUAUCCACAUUCAAAAUUUUGAAUUAAAUAUUCAGUUUAACAAAUACUAUUUAGAAGUUCAUGUCGUAGGGAAUUUAGUAAAUUGAUACAUAAUAGAUACAAUUAUAUCAAUUAGAAUGUUUCUAUUUCGAAUAUUGCAUUUAAAGAGAGCAUUAGAAAUACUAUUACGAAUAUAUAGAUUUGAAUUUUUCAAAUAUUGCAUAAUUCAAAUCGAAUAUUACAUUUAAAGAAAGCAUUAGAAAUACUAUUACAUUAAACGACGGUUAGAAUAUUGUACAAACAUUCGAAAUUAGCAAACUAAUGUGUUUCAUUUUUUGAAUGUUGCAAAACAUUCGCCCAUCCCUACUGUACAAUAUGUUGGGGCUGUACCAUCCUAGCAUACCAGUUUAUACUUAAAUGGACAGUCUACUCCAGAAUGUUUAUUGUUUAAAAGAUAAUCCCUUGGCUUUAUUACCCAUUCCCCAGUUUUGCAUAACCAACACAGUUAUAUAAAUACACUUUUUGUGAUUACCUUGUAUCUAAGCCUCUGCCGACUACCCCAUUUUCUGUUCUUUUGACAGACUUUUAUUUUAGCCAAUCAGUACUGUCUCAUAAAUAACUCCAGAGGAGUGAACACGUUAUCAUUAUUGCACACAUGAACUAACAUUGUCUAGCUGUGAUAAACUGCCAAAAUGCAUUUAGAUAAAGGCGGCCUUCAAGGGCUUAGAAAGUAGCAUAUGAGCCUACCUAGGUUUAGCUUUCAACAAAGAAUACCAAGAGAACAAAGCAAAUUUGAUGAUAAAAGUAAAUUGGAAAGUAGUUUAAAAUUGCAUGCCCUGUCUGAAUCAUGAAAGUUUAAUUUUGACUAGGCUGUUCCUUUAAUGUUUAAAAAAAGAUCACAUUUUGGUCUAGAUCACAUUUUUUUUUGCAUACGCCACUGCUGAUCUUGGAGUAUACACAACCACUGAUUAGUGCUUAUACAUUUAACUCUCUAUUGAUUGACAGAGAAGUGCAUGCAUAAUGUAUGGCUUCCUUCUAUUCAGAGAUUUAUACCAUGUAAAAGGCGGUAAAACUGCCUUUUAAAUACCAUGUAUUUUACUAAGUUUUCUUUUUUUUUCUUUUUUUUUAAAACAUAAAGACAUAUUGAGAUUGUAAUAUAAAAUGUUUAAUUAUGCAUAGUAAAGAUUGUUUGCUAUAUACGUUCAUUAUUUAUUUUGGUUGCUUAGACUGUAAAAAAUACUUCUUCCUUUAUGUAAAUGUGCUUUUUACAUACUCUAAAGAGGCCAAAAAGUAAAUUCUGUAACCUAGGCUUCCUUCAAAAGCCGCAUAUUGCCUAAACCAGCUACAUAAUAGACAGCAAUUGCUUAAAGCAGUGGGCAAACUCAUUUUACAACUAGUACUAACUGCCAAAAUUGAGGUAUAUAAUACAGUUACCAGUUUAAAUAGAUAUAUUACAAAAGGGAUUUUGAUAUCCCUUUAAACAGCAUGGUGGUUUUAUAAUGACUAACAUGACUAAGAGCCUGUUCGAAACGUUGUUCCUGUAAACUUUUGGACCCAACUAAUGAAAAUAAAGGUCUUUUAAACAAAGA